GGAUUGUAUGCAACAGGACUCCUGUCAACUCCCUAAUUGUGGAUUGUGAGAAUUUUUAGGGUUACAAGUUCAUUUUUUAAGGUGGGUCGGUUGCCUAUUUGGUGCUAGAGCUGGAGAAUUCAAGGAAGUGGGGGUUCGAUCAGGCCAAUUCUGGCAGCUCGCAAUCUGUUGGGAUGUGAGUUGCACCCAUCUUUUGUUGGUUUGAAGCGGCGAAGAUGAGGAGAUUAUUGGGUUACCCUGCAAAUUGUUUGGAAAUCUGAGUUUUGAUGGGUUCUGAGGUGGUUUGGUGUUGCAUCUCCACAAGUUGCAAAUGCGAAAUGGGAGCUAUGGACGUUUUGCUGCGAUGGGUUACACCUCUGAUGCUCCUCUCUUCGUAGGACACCUGCAGCUCUGGCGGUUGCCAUUCUUUUUACUGCGUAUGUCAACGUAGAACCUUAGACCUAAUUUUCAUGCGUUCGGAUAGCUGGGUAACUCUGUCGGAAUUGCGUUGCGGUGCAGAGCUGCAGACGAUCAAUCUUUUUCUACAGCUACGAAGUUCAGAAGGUCAUUACAUCUGGCCCAGUCGUCAUCCUGGUGUGCAUGAGCUCUGGAAGACUCAUCAAAGCACUCCACUCAGCGUCCAUUUCUGGUCUACUGGCGCCAUUCCUGCUGCACGUAACCCUGGGAUUGGGAAUGAAAGUGUGGUGAAGGAGUUUGUGGAACCGUGAAGAAGGCUAUCGCUACGGUGCGGAAAGAAUUCUAAGCGAAAAUCAGCGAAGUCGGAUAAGGGAUUCUUUCCAAGUGUGGGGUGUCUUCAGCUGUGCCUAGCUAUGGCGCUAAUUUCAGUCGCAUUGGUCGCAGUGCUGGUUGUCUUUCAUUCCUCGGCGUCUGCAUUCGUCGAUGCCGCCACUGAGCGUAAAGAGGUGACGUAUGGAAGUGUGAUUAAGCUACAACAUGAACGCACCAAGUUUCGGUUGCACUCACAUGAAGUACCCUAUGGUUCUGGAAGUGGACAACAAUCUGUAACUUCCUUCCCGGGUGUUGAAGAUGGGAAUAGUUUCUGGAUUGUUGAGCCUUCUGCAGACAAGGAGCAUAAACAGGGCGACCUCAUCCCUAAUGGCUCUACAGUUCGUCUUCAGCAUAUGCGGACCCGCAAAUGGCUCCAUAGUCACCUCCAUCGGUCUCCUAUUUCUGGCAAUCUUGAGGUUAGUGCUUUCGGAGGAGAUGACCAAACUGAUACUGGGGAUUAUUGGAAGCUGGUGAUAGAGGGCAAGGGCAAUAUCUGGAUGCAAGAUCAGAAAGUUCGACUUCGACAUGUUGACACCAAUGCUUACCUUCAUAGUCAUGACAAGAAGUACAGCCGAAUCGUUUUAGGUCAACAAGAGGUAUGCGCAGUUACAAAGAAAAACGCAGAUAAUCUCUGGAUAGCUGCGGAAGGCAUUUAUUUUCUUGCAAAAGGAACUAGUGUAGCGUGAAUGAGUAAGUUGCGAUCUUCCUAGAAAUGUGCAGGUUUGAGUUCUAAAGUAGAUGUUCAAUUACGUAAGUCAAUCAACAGGAAUCUUUAUGAAUGUACUUGUAUAUUUAUUAUAUAUAAAAGAGGCACAUCAUUUUUUCUUGUACA